CUUGGAGAUGGAUAAAGCUUGAGGGCGGGAAAGCCUGCUGCUAUUCAAUUUGUUCUCAUGCUAUUUUUACCUGAGUCUCCGCGAUGGCUUUACAUGAAGAAGGAUAAAUCUGAAGCUGCUGCUGUUCUAGCUAAGAUUUAUGAUCCUUAUCGGUUGGAGGAGGAGCUUGAUCAGCUUGCUACGGCGUUAGAGGGAGAAUGCUUGAGAAAGCAGGCUAUCAGUUACCUGGAUGUUUUUAGGAGGAAAGAGAUCAGACUUGCGUUCUUUGCUGGAGCUGGACUGCAGGUACAUUUUCGACUUCUGUGAUGUGACAGUCUUAUGUACCAAUCUUUAAGUUGAAGUUGCUUCCCCUGCACUGUCUUCUUAUUUUUUUGUAAUGCUAUAUUUGGCCAUAAAUU